AUGUCCUACGAAGAGCGCGCCAAUGCGCACCCCAACCUGAACGACGAGUCCGAUGUCGAGGAGGAAGCGCUGGUCAACGACUACCGCGAGCAGGUCAACUUUGAUGAUAGCAUGAGCGAGCUGGGUCGGACUACAUCACUGGGCGGUGCUUCCCAGACGCAGGACCUUCAGGCUCAGCUGGCUGCUGCUGCUACUCCUCUUGAGUACCAGGCCACGCUGGAGACCAAGUUCGCGAGCUAUGACAACUACUGCAGUCUUUUCCACUACAUCCUGAACUCGGAUGGGCCGGUGGAGUUGGAGGUUCCUUCUUACUACUGGGCUUGGGAUGUCAUCGACGAGUUCAUUUACCAGUUCGAGUCGUUUUGCCGCUACCGUAACCGCGUCGCCCGCAGUGGCUCUAACGAGGAGGAGGCUCAGCUUCUCCGUGAGAACCCUAACACCUGGGGUUGCUACUCGGUUCUCAACGUCCUCUACUCCCUCAUCCAGAAGUCGCAGAUAAACGAACAGCUUGCUGCGAUGAAGCGUGGUGAGGACCCCGUGGCGUAUGCUGGAGAGUAUGGCUCCCGCCCUCUCUACAAGAUGCUAGGAUACUUCUCCAUCAUUGGGCUGCUCCGCGUCCACUGCUUGCUCGGUGACUUCAGCCUCGCCCUCAAGACCCUCGACGACAUCGAGAUGAACAAGAAGGCCAUGUUCGCCCGUGUCAUGGCUGCCCACUUCACCACCUACUACUACGUUGGUUUCUCCUACAUGAUGACCCGCCGUUACGGCGAUGCCAUCCGCAUGUUCAGCCACAUCCUGGUCUACGUCUCCCGAACCAAGAACUUCCAGAAGGGCGGCAACAACUACGAUGCCAUCGCCAAGAAGAACGACCAGAUGUACGCUCUGAUCGCCAUCUGUGUUGCGCUCCACCCCACCCGCCUCGACGACACCAUCCACUCUGCUCUCCGCGAGAAGUACGGCGAGCAGCUCCACCGCCUACAGCAGGGCGGCCCCGACGCUCUCCCUCUCUUCGAGGAACUCUUCCGCUCCGCUUGCCCCAAGUUCAUCAGCCCUACGCCCCCCGACUUCGAUAACCCAGCCCUCAACGUCGACCCCGUCGACCACCACACCGCCAUCUUCAUGGACGAGGUCAAGAACACCCUGUACAACCCCACCAUCCGCUCGUACCUCAAGCUGUACACAACCAUGGACCUACAGAAGCUCGCUGGCUUCCUCGAGGUCGAGCCCGAGAAGCUCCGAUCCUGGCUGCUCAUUAACAAGCAGCGCAGUCGCCAGCUCCGCUGGGUCGAGGGUGGUCUGUUGGAUGGCGAGAUUGUCAGUGCUAACGACCUGGACUACGCUCUUGAGAAGGACCUCAUCCAUGUUAGCGAGACCAAGGCCGGCCGCCGCCUCGUGGACUGGUACCUCCGCAACCUUGCUCGCGUUUACUAA